AGUGUUGGUAUAUAUCUACUUGUGGCAGAAAUUAUAUCAAGGACAAAAAAAUAUAUCAUUAAGAGUGGGGCAAUUAUAACUUCUAUUGAAAAAACAUUUUUCAACUUCAGUAAACUCUCAAACUUUGAUAGACUUGGAAGUGUUUUAUUAUAAAUUUUUUAAAAAUUAAGCUAAUCUCUUUGUAUGUAUGUUGGACUUCAGGGUCUUCUUCAGUACGAAGCCAUAGCUUUUUUUAAUUUUUAUAUAUAUAUAUUUUUUUUUUGUCAUUGUGGUUAUUUAAAAUGAAUAAAGAAAGUGGCAAUGAAGAAGCAAGUACAACAGCAGCUGACACCUUGACAAUAAUUAAUAAAAAAAAAAAUGAAGAAAAUAAAAAUUUACAAGAUGAUAAUAAUAUUGAUGAAUCAAAUUCAAGUCUUGAUACAUUAACUGGAAGUAGUGAAGCACAAAUAUUUGUUGAUAAUAUUGAUAAAAUUGUUGAAAAAAAAAAAGGACGUUUUGGAUCAUUUAAAAAUACAUUAUUCAAGACGAAAAAAAAAAAUAAAAGUUUCGAUUGUCAAACAUCAACUGAUGUAGAAUUUUAUGAAGAUGAUUCAACAGCAACAAAAGAAAUAAAUAAUAAAACAAUGGAUGAUAAUCAAAUAAAAGAAUCAGUAUCAUCAUCAACAUCAACAACAAAUCAAACAGUUAAAAAAAUGAUGAAAAAACGUAAAUCAAUUGUUCGUAAAUUGAGUUUAAAUAAAUUUCGUAUUGGAACAAGUGAACAAGAUAAACAAGAAACACAAAGUGGUCAAUCAUCACCCAGUUCAUCUGAUACAGUUAAAUCAAUUAUAAAUAAAACCUCAAUAUUAAAAAAUAGUAAUAAAAAUGAUAAAUUAACAACAACAACAACCACAACAACAUCAUCAACAGCGACACCAAUGUUUGAAAAUUGUAAACCAUCUUAUACAACAACUGGGGGACAAUAUGAACAAGAGAAGGGAGUUGAUGUUGUUGAUGAUGAUGGUGGUGAUGAUGAUGAUGAUAAUGAUGAUGUUGAAUAUUUUAUUGACGACCCUAAGAAACCAGACAAGUUUCAUGAAAAAACAGUCAAGACUAUAACUUUAUUACAGACUGACUUACCUUCAUCAGUUACAAUUGGUACUGGCAACACUCAACACACCACCGUCAAUGCUGAAUUGAAAAAUAAUAUUGAAAGUGUUGGUGAAACAACAUCAUCAUCAUCAUCAACAACAACAACAGAUAGUCAAAAAAUAUUACCAACAGUAACAAGUUCACCAAACACAUUAUCAAAAUCAUCUGAAGAAAUUAUUGUAAAUAAAAAAAUAUUAAAAAAAAAAUUAAAUAUAAAAUCAGAAUCAGAAUCAUCAGUUAUCAGUUCUGAAAAACCAACAAUUGAAAUACGUAAAAAGCUAUCAUUGUUGGAUGAAAAAAGAGCAAUAUUUCAAAAAAAAUAUUUUGAAAGUUAUUCAAAAGACGAUUCAAUUUGUACUGUUAUUGAUAAAAAUUGUGAUUCAAUUGAUCAAGAUAUUGCUAAAAAAAUAUCAAGACAUAUUAGUGUACGUAAUUUUGAUGGUCUAUCAACAAUUGAGGGUGCAGAUUACAACGACGACGACGACGAAGAAGAAGAAGAAGAUAUUUCUGGUUAUAUUGAAAAAAAUAUUGAUAUAAAAAUUGAUGAUAAAAUUGAUAGAACAAUUAAUACACCAAGAUCAUUGUCAAUAAUGUCAACUGAAAGUACAGAUAUGCCACGACGACUCAGUGGGGACAGUGGGUCGACACAUAACAGUGUGCCAAAUUCUGGCAUUGGUGAAAAACGUGAACAUUUAUAUAAAAUACUAGUAAUUGGUGAAUUGGGAGCUGGUAAAACAUCAAUAAUAAAACGAUAUGUUCAUCAAUUUUUUUCACAACAUUAUCGUGCAACAAUUGGAGUUGAUUUUGCACUUAAAGUUUUAAAUUGGGAUCCUCAUACAAUAAUUCGUCUUCAACUUUGGGAUAUUGCUGGUCAAGAAAGAUUUGGCAACAUGACAAGAGUUUAUUACAAAGAAGCUGUUGGUGCAUUUAUUGUUUUUGAUGUUACAAGAAGUGCAACACUUGAGGCAGUUGUUAAAUGGAAACAAGAUCUUGAUUCAAAGGUACAGCUACCAGAUGGUUCACCAAUACCAUGUGUACUACUUGCUAAUAAAUGUGAUCAACAAAAAGAAGGCAUUGUUAAUACACCAGGUAAAAUGGAUGAUUAUUGUAAAGAAAAAAAUUUUUCUGGAUGGUUUGAAACAUCAGCUAAAGAAAAUAUUAAUAUUGAAGAAGCUGCUAGAUUUCUUGUCAAUAAAAUUCUUCAAAAUGAUCAGCUAAUGAAAGGUAAUGGUGAACAAGAUCAAACAGAUGGUGAAAGAUUUGCAUUAAAUCAAUCACCAACAAAUUCUAAAAAAUCAUGUUCAUGCUGACAAUAUUUAACAACAAAAACAACAACAACAACAACAACAACAACAAAAUAAUAAAAUUAAUAAUUAAUUUAAAAAGAAAAAAUUAAAUUUCCGCCCAUGUUGAACGAAAAAGACUAUUCAAUUUGCAAUACUACAUAUUUUUAAAAAUACAUAUACAAUUAUAACACGUAUAUAUAUGCAUAAAGUAAUAAGGUGUGCCUAAUAAGCCUGUGACGUGCAAUCAAUAUUAUAAUAAUAUCACCAAAUGCUUCUACAAUAUUAAUUUAAUUAUUAUUUCAACUAAAAAAAAAUUCUUAGAAGCUGCACCAAAUGGCGUUCAAUAAUAUAGUUAGUCAAUAAUUAAAUAUGCACUAAUUAAAAUGUAAAUGAUGAUGAUGAUAGAUAGAUAGAUGAAUGGAUGGAAAUUGCGAUUUAAAUCUCAGAGAUUACAUUCCAUAUAAAUGCCAUUUCAUUUUACUAAUUUUCUCAGCUGUAUAUUUUUUAUUUUAAUGAUAAUCUAAUUUUACAUUUUUAAAAAAAAUAUAUUUGUUCUUCAAUUUAUUAAUCAUUUAUUAUUUUUUUUUUUUUUUUCGUAGAUUUAAGUGUCGCCUUUGUGCCAUUAAAAAUAAAAAAAAAAAUUUAGCAGCUAUUUUAUCGAAAUUGACAAGUUCUAAUCGUUAUCAUAAAAUUUUAUACAAAAUAUGUAAUUAUUUUUAAAAUAAUUAUUAAGAGAUAAUAGUAUAUGUAAUUUUCCGAUGAAAUAUAUGUCAAACAAACAACACACACAUAAAGUUUACACAUGUACACAGGUCUUUUGUAAAUAACUCAAAAAACUAAUUUUUUUCUUUUUCUUUUUCCUUAACUACGAGUUGUUUUAUCAAUUUUUUUUUUUUUUUUCAAGAUAUUUAUAAAUUGUUAGAUAUAUAUAAUUAUGCACUAUUAUUUUGUUGCCAAAUUAUCUCAGCAUUUUCAAUAUAAAAUUAAUUGUUCAGUAUGUAUUUUUAAUUGUUGUUUUUUUAAUUAUUCUUUCAUUUUUGUAAUUUUGACGUCAUUAAAUUAUAUGAUUGUUAUUGUAUAUAUAUAUUUUUGUGUUU